UCCCAGCUGACUCAUCUCGCUGGUACGAGCCGAGGCUUGUUCGCAGGUGGGGCUGCUGGGGCCCUUCUCCCAGUGGCCACCGGAGCCUGCUGGGAUCGCACUGGACCCGGCUGGGAGGAAACGGGGAGCUGCUUUGCCCUGUCUUGCGGACGUGGCGGGGGGUCCGGGGCCUGCAUUCCCAGCAGAGCAGCUGCCCAAGCCUGUCAGCCCCCAGCGCAGCGGAGUUGCCGCCGGGCCCAGGCACUGCAGCCUGAGCCAUGGGGCUGCUCACCCAUCUCCUCGCCUGCACCUUCGGCAUGGGCUCCUGGGUGGCCAUCAACGGGCUGUGGGUCGAGCUGCCGCUGCUGGUGACGGUGCUGCCGGAGCAGUGGGACCUGCCCUCCUACAUCACCAUCAUCAUCCAGAUGGCCAACGUGGGGCCGCUCUUCGUCACCCUCAUGCACCACUUUCGGCCCGGCUUGCUGAAGGAGGUGGCUGUUAUCUACGUGGUCGUGUCCAUCGGUGUCGUGGCCUGCGGGCUCCUGGCUUUCCUUUGGAGCCACACGUCCCACAUCGCCGGGAGGUCUCACAGCACUGCCUUCCUGGUCCUCACCUUCUUCCUGGCCCUGGUGGACUGCACCUCCUCCGUCACCUUCCUGCCCUUCAUGAUGCAGCUGCAGCCCCAGUACCUGACCACAUUCUUCAUAGGCGAAGGGCUCAGUGGGCUGAUCCCCGCUCUCAUCACCCUGGGCCAGGGCUCUGGCAUCUCCAGCUGCUUCAACGUCUCCCACAUCGUCAACAUCACCACUGGCAAUGAGACUGUGGAGACCACCAUCUACCAGCUGGAGACACAUUACCUCCCAGCCAACUUCUCCACCCUUGUCUUCUUCCUCCUCAUGACUCUGAUGAUGCUGGCCUGCUUGCUGUCCUUCUUCUUCCUCGCCAGGAAGCCCAAGGUGUGGGAGCUUUCCCAGCGGCAGCUGUUUCCCAGCAGCAUCGUGUUAAGCUCAUUUGACCAGCUCCCUGAUGAGGGAGCUGGCUCGCGGCUGAGCAGAGGAUGCCCAUGCCCAAAGGAUGCUAAGGAGCCUGGGGAUAUCCUGCCGAAGAAGGUCUCCUACCCCCUGGCCAAGCUCAUCUUCAUCUACUUCCUCAUCACUUGGGUGAGCGCUCUGACGAAUGGGGUCCUGCCAUCUGUGCAGUCCUACUCCUGUCUGCCCUAUGGCAACACCGCCUACCACCUCGCGGCCACGCUCAGCUCCAUGGCCAACCCCCUCGCCUGCAUCGUGGCCAUGGUCCUGCCCAACAGGUCCCUGACCCUCCUGGGCAUCCUCACCAUAGUGGGGACAGGCUUUGGUGCCUACAACAUGGCCAUCGCGGUGAUGAGCCCCUGCCCGCUCCUCCAGCAGUCCGAGUGGGGCGAUGCCACCAUUGUCCUCUCCUGGGUGCUCUUCACCGGGACGCUCUCCUACGUGAAGGUGAUGGCCGGGGUGAUCCUGCGGGGCCGCAGCCACAGCGCGCUGGUGUUGUACGGGGUGGUGGAGCAGCUGGGCUCCCUCCUCGGAGCCCUGAUCAUGUUCCCCCUUGUCAACAUCUACGGGUUCUUCAAAUCCGCCGACUACUGCAGCCUUCAGUGCCCAGCAUGAGGGGGACAGGUACCCCUGGACAGACCCUCUUGCCAGCACGCACCCCCAAAACCAGUGAGAGCUGGGGGGGCUGGGAAGCAGCACUGGGACCGGGGCGGCUGCAGGCACGUCUCCCCACUGGGCUCUGCCAGGUCCCUGGGCGGGUGCAGCUCCAUGGCUUUGUCCCCAGCGCGGGCACGGAGCGUCCCUGUUGUGUUCAAAGGAAUAGAAAGUCUUUGCUCA